AUGUCGGCAUCUCCACAGCCUCCUCCCUCUCCCCACACGACGGCGCACGUAUAUGCCAGCAAUGGGUUAGAAAUUUUGCAGGCUGCCAGCGAUGCAGCCCAGGCCAUCCAAAACUCCGAGGCCUUGCAACAUGCCGCUGCGCAAGCCGUCAGCCACCAGGGCGUCGCGCAUCUCGCUGCGGCGCCCGAGAUGUCCUCGCCGCACAUGAUGCCUGGCCAGGCCGCCAUGAUGCGAGAUCCCACCAUCAAUCCCAAGCUCACGCGUUUGCGACGCGCGUGCGACAUGUGCAGCAUGCGAAAAGUCAAGUGCGACGACUCAAACAUCCCCUGCCGGCCCUGUCGCGAGCUCAAUGUCGACUGCACCUACAACCGCGAGACAAAACGCCGAGGGCCACCCAACAAGCAUGCCGAGGCAGCCAAGGCCGCAAAAAAAGCACGAACCGAAGGCCAGAUUCCCGGAUUCGCCGCCUCGCCAUCGCCUCAUGUUGCGGCCAAGACGCUACUGACCAUUUCAUCAGAUACUGUGCUUGAUGCCGAGUCGAUCGCGCCGAUGCCAGUUCUGGAGCUACUUGUGGACGACUUCUUCACCUACAUUCACCCGCUCGCCCCGUUUCCUCACGAAACUACAUUCCGUCAGUCGUUUGCCAACCGAGAAGAUCGUUCGCGACCCGAAUUUCUUGGUCUCCUAUCCAGCAUGAUUGGUGCACUGGUCGCAUCUUUCCCUCGCUGUGUAAGAGAGCAUCUAAAGUCCCAGCAUGGCACACAUUUAUUCCCGAAGGCAGUGGUAAUGGUGGAUAAGUGCCGCGACAUUGCACUUCAUACCCGUGGAGCAAGGUGGCCCAUCAAGCAACCCAAAACUUUGGACGACGCCAUGACUAGCUACUUCCUAGGUCUUGGUGCGGCUUACACCAUCCAGUACAAUGCCGCUCGCAUAUUUCUUUCAGAAACCCUCACCCUAAUUCGCGAGCUUGGUUUCACGCGGCCCAAGCACCAGGGCGAACAGCCGAGCAUUGGACAGGAUACCUAUUCGAAUGAACCUCUCCCGUUCGAUCACAUCAAGGAUCAGAUUGGAAAAAGGCUAUUUUGGUGCUUGCUUCUUGGUAAUAGGUCAUUAUUUCAACUCACAUCGCACAACGACAUGGUCAUUGCGCCAUCUACCCCCAAUCUCCCUUAUCCGGCAUACCCCGAGAAUGUCGACGACAUAUGUAUUCAAGCAAACGAAGUUAUCCACCAAGCCGACGGCACUGUUCCUCUCCUCACUGGAUUCCGCUUCGCCAUUGAUAUAUACACCACCAUGAACGGUGUUGUCAGCCUAGAACUCGCCUACGGCAUGAGCACGCUACCAUGGGCCGAUCAGCGCAUUCUACUUCGGGACGGCCUUAUGGCUGCGAAAAGUAUCAUCGACAACUUGCCACCGGAACUGCAACUCGGCAGCUCGAGCGCCGAAGCAAACCCGCUAGCAAGCCUAGACGAGUCCGGCCUGCAGUACGUCCCGCCUGUGUGGCCGAAUGCGCAACCGUCGCACGACCUCCGCAACGUGAUCAAGGCCCAGCCGGUCCGGCGUCGGCAACUGCAGUAUGAGAUCCAGAAGGCCAACAUUUUUGUAUCGCAGCUCGCGACGCGCUCCUACUUUGUCGAGCUCUACUUUGACCUGCGCGACGUCCACCUGACGGAGCAUCCGGAACCCGACCCCGAGGCGGCCGAGGCGGGCCAGCCGGGCGACGACGUCAAACCAGCAGCGACGGCGCCGCUGCUGCACGACGGCGAUGACAAGGAGAUUUACGAGCUCAUGUCGACGGAGCGCGAGCUCAUCGUGCAGAACCUGCUGACCGUGCUGGGCUGUCUCUCGCAGCGCAACCUCGAGCCCAACGGCCGGUCGCUCGUCGAGAAGAUCCGGCAGGUGGCGUCGACGCUGCUCAACGACGCGCCGCACCGCAAGGGCCCGCUGGCCGUCAAGUCAGAGGAGGCCCUCUCCCAGCUCAUUGACAUUCUCGUUAAGCUCGAGAAGACGGGCCCUGCAACGGGCGAGAGCAGGAACAGCACCGCCGCUGCCGCUGAGCCGCUCCUCCACAUGAUGACGGCCGAGGACGAGGAGGCAGAACUCCGCCACUGGGCGGAUCUGAGGGAGUACCAGCUGCGGUUCGCGGCCGCUGGCGGCUUCGCCGGCGCACUGUAA